GUUCGUGCGGAGGCGGUGUCGGAGCGGGAGCCAUGUCCGGGCGCGGGAAGCAGGGCGGCAAGGCGCGGGCCAAGGCCAAGUCGCGCUCGUCGCGGGCCGGGCUGCAGUUCCCCGUGGGCCGCGUGCACCGGCUGCUGCGCAAGGGCAACUACGCGGAGCGCGUGGGCGCGGGCGCGCCGGUGUACCUGGCGGCCGUGCUGGAGUACCUGACGGCCGAGAUCCUGGAGCUGGCGGGCAACGCGGCCCGCGACAACAAGAAGACGCGCAUCAUCCCCCGCCACCUGCAGCUCGCCAUCCGCAACGACGAGGAGCUCAACAAGCUGCUGGGCAAGGUGACGAUCGCGCAGGGCGGCGUGCUGCCCAACAUCCAGGCCGUGCUGCUGCCCAAGAAGACCGACAGCCACAAGGCGAAAAGCAAGUGAAAAAAGCCCCAGGAGCGCUCCCAACCUCAAAAGUAACCCAAAGGCUCUUUUCAGAGCCAC